AGCCAGUUUCACAUGAUGCAACGAGAUGAGACACGAAGCUUUGACAGACAAAGGUGGCACCCACUGGGAAUUGUGUUCCCCCCAAUUCUCACUGGAGAAUUCCCGCUGAGCAGCUCCUCGCCUGACCAAUCCGCAGGGACAGGGGGCGGAAUAAAGCGGUUGUUGAUAAAGCACGGUGACGUCAGGGUCCGCGCAGCCGCAGUCGCUGAAGAGAAGAUGGUGCUGAUUAAGGAAUACCGUGUAAUUUUGCCCUGCUCAGUGGAGGAGUAUCAAGUUGGGCAGCUGUUUUCUGUGGCGGAGGCAAGUAAAAAUGAGACUGGAGGCGGCGAAGGCAUUGAAGUUUUAAAAAAUGAACCCUACGAAAAGGAAGGCGAGAAGGGACAGUAUACGCACAAAAUCUAUCAUCUAAAGAGUAAAGUCCCCGGGUUUGUCAAGAUGAUUGCACCGGAAGGCGCCUUGGUGUUCCAUGAGAAGGCCUGGAAUGCAUAUCCCUAUUGCAGAACAAUUGUGACGAAUGAGUAUAUGAAAGAUGACUUCUUUAUUAAGAUUGAAACAUGGCACAAACCUGACAUGGGCACAGUAGAAAAUGUUCAUGAGCUGGACCCUAAUACAUGGAAGUGUGUGGAGGUGGUACCUAUUGAUAUUGCAGACAGAAGUCAAGUCGAACAUUCAGAUUACAAAACUGACGAGGACCCAGCAUUAUUUCAGUCAGUCAAGACUGGCAGAGGACCCCUGGGGCCGGACUGGAAGAAAGAAUUAGCUGGCAACCAGGACUGUCCUCGAAUGUGUGCUUACAAGCUGGUGACUGUCAAGUUCAAGUGGUGGGGCCUGCAGAACAAAAUUGAGCACUUCAUCCACAAGCAAGAGAAGAGGAUUUUCACCAACUUCCAUCGCCAGCUCUUCUGCUGGAUUGACAGAUGGGUUGAGCUGACGAUGGCGGAUAUCCGGAGAAUGGAGGACGAGACACAAAAAGAGCUUGAAGAGCUUCGGAAACAAGGUCAAGUGCGAGGAACCAGUGCAGCAAACGCAGAAUGAGGACAAUCGCUCACGGCGGUUGCCUUCUCACAUUAUUUAGGGGUUUGUUACAGGAGAUCGACAGUACUGUACCUGACCUCACAAUGCGGAAAGCUAUAGAAAAAAAUACUCACUGUAAAUACCAGGGGCAGCAUUUUAAAUUCAAAACAAUCCAACGACUCCCGUUAAGAGAAAUAAAAUGCACUUAGCAACAAAAAAUACUAAUUGGUAAGAUCUUCUCAUCCAGGUUUUGGACCAAUUUUUUCCCCCCUUUUUGAUGUUUUAUUUCUUGUUUUUGUCUGCUAUGUCAUCAGUUUUCAUGUUUAAUUUCUGUUUUUAACCCCCCCCCCCCUUAUAUUAUCACCAUCUCUGUUUUGAAUCCAGGUUUUAAAUGUCAGCUUUACAGUUAUACUGAAGACCUGACUUUUUGUUAGGUUGUGCUCUCUAGCUUAGAAAGUAUUUCUGUUUAUUCUGCCUUUGGAUGCAAGUUAAGGCCGACGAUGGCCUGAAGCUUUGAGUCUUCACUCGUGUAGUAGCCUUGGGCAGCCAGAGAGAGUCCAGUUAAAUGAUUGCUGGGUCAGGAAACCGUGAAAGUACUGCGACGAGUGAAGCCUAGUUAACGAGGUUUGAAGCGCUCAGGGUUAGCCUUUGCUUGUUUGUAUUUCUCUUUGCUGGACUUUAUCUCAAGCACUUGCCCUCAAAAUAUUCUUGAAAGCUGUAUUAUUUUUUCAUAUGAUGGAAUAAGAAAUUUCACAGGCGCUUUGCUUACAAAAUGCUGCUGCUGAUGACUCCAGGCGUUGUAAUUCUGCCCCCCUGUGGGAUCAAGUUCAUUAGAGCUGAAUUUUACAUAUUUAUUCGGGCAAAUAUUCUGAAACUUUUUUGUAAUUAAGAUCCUCCAGCUUUUAAUAACAUUAUUAUUUCAAUAAAUUGAAAGGAGACAUGCUUCGUGGCAGGGCAGUGCUUGACUUAUACAUUUAAUCUUUUCAUACCUUCCUUGCUAUCCUCUUUUAUGAAAGGAUCUAAUGAGGAAACCAAUAUGUGGGACAGAAAUCUGCUGCUUGUUCAAACCUAGCCUGCUGUUUCUUCCUUGCUCAUUUACAAUGUGCCGCAACAAGGGAGAGAGUCUAGGGAUAGACAUUUUAUUUGUUCUUUAUAAAUCUAGUAGCAGUUUAUCUCAAUUUAACAUGCAUUUGAUAAUUGCUAUAGGCACUUGCACGUCUUUUUUCUCGGAUGUUUUUUAUUUUAAUUUCUGUGGCACAUUUACAAGCUGCAGUGAUGUCCAGUUGGUGUUCUAAAGUUGUGCCACUCACUGGGUCAUACCUGUUACCAUGCAGAUGAUACAGCUAGCUCUGUGAGCAGUAAUAAAAGUGGUGUAUUAAUGUUCACUAACUUCCAAUUCAUCAGUAUCAGAGGUAUGUCUAUCCCUGGAAUAUGAGAUAUGCAGGGCAUCGCCUUUUCUUGACCUCAUUGAAAAACGGAGUUUACUUUCUGUACAGCAUCAUUUUCUGGGGGUGGGGGGGUGGCAAAUGUACAGUAUAAUCAUGAUUAAAAAAUACCUUACUUGCAAAAUUGACUACUGUUAAUUUUCUGAACUGUGGAUAAUUUUAAAUGUUUUUUUUUUUGUUUUUUUCAAUCAUCUGUGGAAAUUCAGGGGAAAUUUGUAGCGACUGUAAAAUGUCACACUUUCUUUUUUGCGGUUUCACUUGUGAGCUGUAAGAGAUAUAGGCAAUGGAACUAAACUGAAUAUCUAAUAAAUUUGAACACAAAGUACA